CUCCACUUUGCACCCACAAUUAUUUUGGAGCCAGCCGUGGCUCCUAAAUAUAAAUACGAGAUGGUCAGCCUCCCGAUGUUAAAUUAUCAAACAAUUGGUCUACCAACCAACCAGCACAUACAACCACCUUCCACAUAUAAUGUCUUCAAUUGCAGUUAUCGGUCUCUCAGGCCAAUUGGGUCAGCCUGUCUUAGCCGCGUUGGAAUCUUCCGCGUUUGCCGACAGAAUUGCCUACCCCAUCAAAGCUUUGACCAGAAAGGAUGACAAGGUCUCCACUGACAAAGUUCAGUACAUUCAAGCCGACUUGGCCGACACCGCUGCCGUGGCUCAGGCAUUGAAAGGUACCGAUGUCAUUGUCGAAUUGACCACUGCCAACCCGGUAUUGUUUGGCCACGUCGAGAAAAUUGUGGCUGCUGUCAAGCCCAAGCUCGUGAUUCCAUCGCAAUUCGGAAUCCAUGUUGGGGCCGCCCAGGAGCUUGCCCCAGGCUUUUUGGGUAUCAAGAUUGACCACUCUACCAACCUCAGAAAGCUUGGUGUCAAGGUGGUCGACAUAGCUACCGGUUUUUUUGCCGAGAAAUCGUCGUUUUCUUAUGAACUCGUUCAGCACUACGGUGUUGAUACUGCUACCAACACCAUCAACCAAUUGGGUCCUGACGACGCCAAGGCCUCCAUCUCUACCGUGGCCGACAUUGGUUACGUGAUAGCCUCCGUGGCCUCCGACCCCAACCCUUCCAGAUUUCCAGAUUCCUUGAAAGUGUACUCGGAAAAUGUUCCUGUAAAGAAGGUUUGGGAGACUUACGAAAAGAACCACAACGUCAAAUUGGAACUCAAAUCCAAGAAAUCUGCAGCAGAGGCACGUGCUGAGCUCAAGCAGAUUUGGGACACUGAAGGGUUUGUACCAGCCAAAUUCCUUUUGUACUUGAACUACAUUCUCGCUCAGGGUGAGGGCUACGGUGUUCUCUUUGGCGAGAACGAAAGGGAAUUGGUCAAUCCAGGCGAAAAGUACUGGAAGUGGAGCCAAUACUAGGCAUUCUGGAAUCCACAGAGUAUUUAGGAGAGAUUGGGACUUCAAGAAUCGAUAGAAGUUCCAUGCAAUGAAUUAUUUUUGGCAA